CUCCGAGAAAGCUGCGAUCAUUAUUCAGGGCCACUCUUCCAUCAACUCCCCACGCUUUCGCUCUCGGCUCUUCACCUUUCCCUCGCUUUGCCCUCUCUUUCCGCCCAUUCAUUUCCACCAAAAUGGCCUUCGCUGGCCAAACUCCCACGAUCAUCGUGCUCAAGGAGGGCACGGACACCUCGCAGGGAAAGGGUCAGAUUAUCUCCAACAUCAAUGCCUGUGUUGCAGUUCAGUCUACGAUCAAGAGCACCCUCGGCCCAUAUGGAGGAGACUUGUUGCUGGUGGACGGCAACGGCAAGCAGACCAUUACGAACGAUGGAGCCACCGUCAUGAAGCUCCUCGAUAUCGUGCACCCCGCCGCCCGCAUUCUCACCGACAUUGCCCGGUCUCAAGAUGCCGAAGUGGGAGAUGGAACAACAUCGGUUGUCGUCUUGGCCGGUGAGAUCUUGAAGGAAGUUCGGGAACUCGUCGAGCAGGGAGUCAGUUCACAGACUAUUGUCAAGGGUCUGCGGAGAGCCAGCUCCAUGGCCGUGAACAAGAUCAAAGAGAUUGCUAUCGACAUGAUCGAGGCUGCCGGAAGCGAGGAGAAGAAGGUCGAGACGCUACGACGCCUGGCCGCAACGGCGAUGAACAGCAAGCUUAUUAAGCGCAACUCAGACUUCUUCACUAAGAUGGUGGUGGAUGCCGUCUUGUCGCUCGACCAGGAUGACCUCAACGAGAAGCUGAUCGGUAUCAAGAGAGUUACUGGUGGUGGUCUGCAGGAUUCACUCUUCGUCAACGGUGUUGCCUUCAAGAAGACCUUCUCCUAUGCCGGUUUCGAGCAACAGCCGAAGUACUUCAAAGACCCCAAGAUUGUGUGUCUGAACGUUGAGUUGGAGUUGAAGAGUGAGAAGGACAACGCCGAAGUGCGUGUGGAGCAUGUGUCGGAGUACCAGGCUAUUGUCGAUGCCGAGUGGCAGAUCAUUUACAACAAGCUGGAGGCCAUCUACAAGACCGGCGCCAAGGUUGUUCUCAGCAAGCUGCCUAUUGGUGAUUUGGCUACGCAGUACUUUGCGGAUCGCGAUAUUUUCUGUGCUGGUCGUGUGGCUGCCGAUGAUAUGGACCGGGUCUGCCAGGCGACCGGUGCGGCAACGCAAUCGACUUGCAGUGACAUCCAAGAUCGUCACUUGGGUACAUGCGGUGUCUUUGAAGAACGUCAAAUUGGUGGUGAGCGCUACAAUCUUUUCUCGGAAUGUCCUGCCGCCAAGACUUGCACACUCGUGCUGCGCGGUGGAGCGGAGCAAUUUAUUGCGGAGGUUGAGCGCAGUCUGCACGAUGCCAUUAUGAUCGUCAAGCGUGCUCUCCGCCACACCACCAUUGUUGCGGGUGGCGGUGCCACCGAGAUGGAACUGUCGAGCUUCAUGCACGGCUUCGCGGACCGCAACGUGCCCCACAAGCAGCAGGCAGUGGUCAAGGCCUUUGCCAAGGCCUUGGAGGUGAUUCCCCGUCAGCUGUGCGACAACGCUGGAUUCGACGCGACGGACAUCCUGAACCGCCUGCGGGUGGAACACCGCAAGGGCAACGUCUGGGCAGGUGUAGACUUUGACAACGAAGGUGUUCGGGACAACAUGGUUGCCUUCGUGUGGGAGCCCAGUCUGGUUAAGGUCAAUGCCAUCCAGGCUGCUGUUGAGGCAGCCUGCCUGAUUCUGAGCGUGGACGAAACUAUUAAGAACGAAGAGUCAGCCCAAGCUCAGGCUCCGGCGCGUGGACUCCCGCCGGGUGCUGCCCAGCGCGCUCUGGGUGGCCGCGGACGUGGCAUGCCUCGCCGCGGACGGUAAACGAUAGGCGGACGAAGAAUAGAUUUGGACCUGUAUGCGAUGGAAUGGUUGAAUAUAAAAGCAAUCAAUAAUCUGAAUAGCGCUUGAGUGCUUUCCGUUGGUUGUGGAUAAUACCAUAUUUUCUUUAUCUUCUUAUUUUCGCCCUCCAUAUUGGAUCCUUUUGAUAUAGGGGCUGUUCGUAGACUAAAUUAUCCCGAUCGGGAAAGGCCC